AUGACAACUACUAGGGUACUAGUUACAGUUGUUGUUAAGAGGGGAUGGGACAUAUUCCAAUUAGAUGUGAAUAAUGCCUUCCUCCAUGGAGACCUACAUGAUGAGGUAUACAUGAAGGCUCCUCCUGGCCUCGUAUUUGAUCAGUGCAGUUCAAGGUACCAACACUCUGAAAACGAUUACUCCCUUUUCUGCAAGAAAUCUUCCUCAUCCAUUAUCUUUGGAGCUGUGUAUGUCGAUGAUGUUAUAAUUACUGGGACUGUUUCAGAAGAAGAUUGCAAGUUUAAAGGCAUUCCUGGAUCAAAGAGGAAGUUUGACUUAGAUUUAUUGAAGGAUCAGUGUUUUGACUACAGUAGUGUGUCCUCACCUCUUGAUCCUGCUGUGAAGUUGAAGGCACAAGAAGGGAAUCUUCUACCAGACCCUACAUACUACAGAAAACUAAUGGGAAAGCUCAAUUUUCUCACCAAUACUAAGCUAGACAUAGCCUACAGUGUGAAGCUCUUGAGCCAGUUUAUGCAAGCUCCAAGAGAUUCCCAUUUGACUGAUGCAUUUCAUCUUCUCAGAUACCUAAAAAAGGAUACUACCCUGGGUAUUUUCUUCUCCAACAUCCUUGAUUGUUCUAUCACAGUUUAUUGUGAUUCAGACUGGGCUGCCUGUCCUGACUCUAGAAGAUCUAUCACGGGGUAUAUUGUUCUAGUAGGAGACAGUCCUAUUAGCUGGAAGUCCAAGAAGCAGGAGACUGUUUCCUUAUCCUCAGCUGAGGCAGAAUACAGAUCCCUUAAGAAAGCAGUUGGAGAGUUGGUGUGGUUAAGCAGGCUAUUUGCAGAACUUACUGUUGCUCAAUCCAGUCCUAUUAAGGUGUUUUGUGAUAGCCGGCCAGCCAUACACAUUGCCCAUAAUCCUGUAUUUCAUGAAAGAACCAAGUACAUUGAAGUAGAUGUCACUUUGUAA